AUGAACUCAGCUCUGUAUCGUAUUAGUAAUCGUUUUUCACAGUUAUCUCUGACGAAUGGUGCCUCGUAUGCGUCAAUAUUAGAACAGACUACUAAAAAAUACAUAUCACCGAUAAAAUAUUUAAAUGUCACGUCAUCAGUUGAAAGAAUCGUGGACAGUCGACCCACAACAAGCGCUUUUUAUUUACCGGGAUGUGUAACAAAUGCAAAGAUUUAUACAUUUCCAACUGCCUCUCAGAAAGUUAUAACAGUUCCAGCUCCAUCCCUUGCAGAUCUUGGAAAGUUUGAUCCGGUUACUGAUAAGGCACCAGUUGAAUCACCAGUAAUUAGCACACAUAUCUACGCAGCGCCAAGACUACUGACAAUUAGACGUAAGAAAAUGAAGAAGCAUAAACGAAGGAAACGAUAUGAUCGAGAUUUCUUUAAAUAUGCCAAAUAUCAUCGUGAAAAGAAACUUAGGGCUGAAAAGGCAUUCCGAGCACGAAUGAAUGAACUUCUAACAGAACUUAAUUCGUUCAACGCCGAGAAUUAUGUGAAAGAUGUUAUCCACAGGGCGAAACAAGAAUGGACAAGUGAACUUGCACCAUCCGGUCGUAAACUCUAUCCACACUGGUCAACUUUGAUGAAGAUUGAAGAAUUGUAUGGCCUGGAGAAAAGUGAUUAUAUCGACCGCAAAGCUGGUCUAGCCGAUGAUGAGGAUAAGGAGCGCAUCAAGCAACUCAAAAAUGAUUUUCGUAAACAAUUCGUCCUGAAUUCAGACGACGAACAUAAAUAA